CCGGCUUCUCGGGGGCUGAGUGUCGCCUUGCGCCGCCAUGCCGGGCACCGGGCGCUGACAGACCUUCGGGCCCAGUGGGCGGAAUGGAAAAUCAGGGUGUGCCUCCCGGGCCUUAUCGGGCCACCAGGCUGUGGAAUGAAGUUACCACAUCUUUUCGAGCGGGAAUGCCUCUAAGGAAACACAGGCAACACUUUAAAAAAUAUGGCAAUUGUUUUACAGCAGGAGAAGCAGUAGACUGGCUUUAUGACCUAUUAAGAAAUAAUAGCAAUUUUGGUCCUGAAGUUACAAGGCAACAGACUAUCCAGCUAUUGAGAAAAUUUCUUAAGAACCAUGUCAUUGAAGAUAUCAAAGGCAAAUGGGGAUCAGAAAAUCUUGAUGACAACAGUCAGCUAUUCAGAUUUCCUGCAAAUUCUCCACUUAAAACUCUUCCACGAAGGCAUCCAGAAUUGAGAAAAAACAGAAUAGAGAACUUUUCCAAAGAUAAAGAUAGUAUUUUUAAAUUACGAAACUUAUCUCGGAGAACUCCUAAAAAGCAUGGAUUACAUUUCUCUCAGGAAAAUGCAGAGAAAAUGAACUGUGAAAUAAUCAAUGAACAUCAAGAAAACUCCGUUGAUAAUAGAGAAAUAAGCCAGAAAGAUGUUGAAGAAGCUUGGAGAUAUGUUAUUCUGAUCUACCUGCAAACAAUUUUAGGUGUGUCAUCCCUAGAAGAAGUCAUAAAUCCCAAGCAAGUAAUUCCUCAAUGUAUAAUGUACAACGUGACCAAUACAAGUAAGCAUGGUGUAGUUAUACUGCAAGACAAAUCAGAUGACCUUCCUCACUGGGUAUUAUCUGCCAUGAAGUGCCUAGCAAAUUGGCCAAGAAGUAAUGAUAUGAAUAAUCCAACUUAUGCUGGAUUUGAACGAGAUGUAUUCAGAACAAUUGCAGAUUAUUUUCUAGAUCUCCCUGAACCUCUACUUACCUUUGAAUAUUAUGAAUUAUUUGUGAACAUUUUGGUUGUUUGUGGCUACGUCACAGUUUCAGAUAGACCCAGUGGGAUACAUAAAAUCCAAGAUGAUCCACAGUCUUCAAAAAUCCUUCACUUAAACAGUCUGAAUUCCUUCAAAUCAACUGAGUGUCUUCUUCUCAGUCUGCUUCAUAAAGACAAAAACAAAGAAGAAUCAGAUACUACUGAGAGACUGCAGAUAAGUGAUCAAGGAUUUCAAGAAAACUAUGCUAAGAAAAUGCAGCUAGUUAAUUUAAAAAACAGAAGAGCCAGUGUUAAUGACAUAAUGGGAGGAAGUUGUCAUAAUUUAAUAGGCUUAAGUAGUAUGCAUGUUCUAUCCUCUAGCAUCAAACCAAGGUGCUAUUCAUUACAAGGAAUUGUAGAUUUACCAGGGAGUUCAAGUAAAGAGGUCUCCAGUGUCUUCCAUCAAUCUGUUCUGAACAUAAAAGGACAAAAUAAUAAACAAUUUUUAGAGUCUGAGACCAAACAGGAAUCCCUAAUGCAUCUUCAUUCAGAGGAAAGUAUUCAAAAACCACUCUGUGUUGGUUUUAAAAGAACCUCUACUUUGACCGUUCAAGACCAAGAGGAGUUAUGUAAUGGAAAGUGCAAGUCAAAACAGCUUUGUAGAUCUCAGAGUUUACUUUUAAGAAGUAGUACAAGAAGGAAUAGUUAUAUUAAUAUGCCAGUGGCUGAAAUUAUCAUGAAACCAAAUCUUGGACAAGGCAGCACGAGUGUGCAAACAGCUAUGGAAGGUGAACUCGGAGAGUCUAGUACCACAGUCAAUAAAAGACUCUGCAAAAGUACAAUAGAACUUUCAGAAAACUCUUUACCUCCAGCUUCCUCUAUGUUGACUGGCACACAAAGUUUGCUACAACCUCAUUUAGAGAGGGUUGCCAUCGAUGCACUACAGUUGUGUUGUUUGUUACUUCCCCCACCAAAUCGUAGACGGCUUCAACUUUUAAUGCGCAUGAUUUCGCGAAUGAGUCAAAAUGUUGAUAUGCCCCAACUUCAUGAUGCAAUGGGUACAAGAUCACUGAUGAUACAUACUUUUUCUCGGUGUGUGUUACGCUGUGCUGAAGAAGUAGAUCUUGAUGAGCUUCUUGCUGCACGAUUAGUUUCUUUCUUGAUGGAUCAUCAACAGGAAAUUCUCCAAGUACCCUCUUACCUACAGACUGCAGUGGAGAAACAUCUUGACUACUUAAGAAAGGGCCAUAUUAAAAAUCCUGGAGAUGGAGUGAUUGCUCCUUUGCCAACGUAUUCAUACUGUAAACAAAUUAGUGCUCAGGAGUUUGAUGAACAAAAAGUUUCUACCUCUCAAGCUGCAGUUGCAGAACUUUUAGAGAAUAUUAUUAAAAAUAAGAGUUUGCCUGUGAAGGAGAAAAGGAAAAAACUAAAACAGUUUCAGAAGGAAUAUCCCUUGAUAUAUCAGAAAAGAUUUCCAACCUCUGAAAGUGAAGCAGCACUUUUUGGUGACAAACCUACAAUCAAGCAACCAAUGCUAAUUUUAAGAAAACCAAAGUUUCGUAGUUUAAGAUACUAAUUGAAUUGAAAAUCAUGUAAUACUUGUGGAACUUUGGUAAGUGAAGCCAUAUCUAAGAAUUCAGCUACUAAAAAGGAAGUCUAUUUAUCAAUAAGGUUUUUCUAAAUAGAACAUUAUGUAAGGAAGUGCCAAAAUAGUUUUUAUCAAUGUGAAACUGCUGAGAAACUAGUGAAUCUCAAUGGAGAGCAAGUGACAAUAGGUGAUACCAAAUAUUUUAAUCAGAAAUAAUCUUUUUUUUUUAUACAACUAUCUGGAAAAGCUAUCAUGAUGUGUGCUAAAGUUUCAUUUACUUGAAUUUUGAAAAAUGAUGUUUGUUCUUCAAGAUUAAGCUGUAAUUCUUUAAAACAAAAAAACAAAAAAACAACUUAUCUGCAUGUGCUUAUGGAUGUUAGCUUAAAGAACUAGUUGUUUAGGAUUACUUUUGUUUCUAAGUGUAAGAAUGUGAAGAAUAUUUGAAAAUUCAAUGAAUUAAUUUUCAACUGCUAAAUAUUGCACUCAUAUGUUCUUUUGCUACUUUUUAUCUAUUUAUAUAUGUAUGUGUUUUUAAAAUAUGAAUAUAUAUUAUAAGACUUUGGUUUGCCUUAAACAUUUACCCUAACUGCUUCAGU